UUAGCCAAUCAGAAUGCAGGAUUCCAGAACGGUCGGAAUACAAGUGGGAAACAAAAACACGCGUUAUCACGUUUUACAGGAAGUGGGAAAUUCAACGGUAGUAACGCGUGUAAUGCUUGCCUGUAGAUGAAGGAUGGAGGAAGAAUGGGAGGAAGAGGAGCAGCUGGUUGUGGCCGAGUUCUCCGGAGUGAUCGACUCGGAUGUGUUCUGUAAGCGCGGCGGUGUGUGUAAAAUUGUGGGCAUGAGCAGUGAGCAGCCCAUGGUGCAGGUGGGCCGCUAUGUGUUCGCCGGAGAAUACGAGGACGCCCUGGGGACCUGUGUGGUCUUCGAAGAGCAGCCAAAGGACCGGACAAAAUCCAGCUCGAGCCCUGUGCUCAAGUACAAGUGUCACACCAUGAAGAAGCUGAUGCUCCAGAGGACUUUCCUGUCCGAGAGGAAGGAGGGAGAGACGAGCUCCGGAGGCAUCGAGGUCCUGUCUCUAAACGAUGGGGAAGUGAGUGGAAGAUCCAGCACGGUGUGUCACUACACUCUGGACCCCAAAGAGCUUCAGACGUUAAAUGCUGGAGAAGACAUGAGUGACCAGUCAGACAGUGAAAAAACAGAGACUGUGAAUGAGGAGGAAGUGACGGGAGAAAACCUGGCAGAGUAAACACUGGACCCGAACUGUACUGGAGAGCAAAUCCCACUCCAGUGUCAAGGAUAAUAUACAAUUCUGUUCCAUUAAUAAGAUAGAAAAGCUAUUACGAAUAUUUUAUACUGAAAUGUUGAUGCAAAUAAAAUCAGAAUAAGUAUAUUAA